AGGAUACUAUUUUUAAGAUGUUGGAGGAUAUAACCAGCGGUCUAUCUUUACUAUUAGUAGCAGUCGUUUUGCUAAUAACAUGGAUGUACUUGAACAUAAGGAGGCCACCUGGAAUGCCACCUGGCCCAACACCCUACCCAGUGAUUGGAAAUCUGUCAGUAUUUAUGGGUAAAACACCACCACAUGAAGCAUUCACAGAUAUGACGAAGAAGUAUGGACCCAUAAUUUCUUUCAAAGUUGGACCAAACUGGGCCGUGGUACUAAACAAUUACGAACUGACACAAGAAGCCUUGCUGUCGAAACCAAACGAUUUCAGUGGACGCCCUAGUUUCUAUCUCUUUGAUUGGUUUACUGACAAUAAAAAGGAUAUUGCUAUGGCUCAACCUACUCCGAUUUGGAAGUUCCACAGGAAAUUAGCUCACUCAGCUAUCAGGUCAGUAUACGACCACGUUCAAUCAUUGGUACGACUGAUUUAACCUUCAACUUAACUCUGAGGUAUCAGUACACUUUUUUUUUAAUCAGAACACAUUUUAUAACACCGAAUCCGAAAUUGCUUAAAAAAUAUUAAGAUAUGUAAGAACAAAUUGAGGCUG